AUGGAGUUAGAAGGAGAAGAUGGGUCGAAAAUUGAAGUGGGAAGCGGUUCAAAGGCCGUGUUUGGAAGAGGCUGUGGUCUUAACACGAAAGACAGAACCGUGUCACGUGGUCACGUUAUUUUUGAUCUCGACAACCAAACAGUUUUCUUUCAAGUUGUAGGGAAGAACCCAGUUUGGGUACGAAGUGGUGAAGAAGUUAAGAUAUUUAGAAGGUUGGAGAAGGGUGUAGUAGCAGCUGGUGAUUGGUUCUGUAUUUCAAGCCAAAACCCUGUUUGGUUCUGUUUGAAAGAGGGAAUUGGAGGAAGAAGAAGGGUUUUGGAGAGUGACAGUGGGGAUUGGGGUUCUGAAAGAUUUGAUCUUUCAAAGAUUGACCCUGUUAAAGAAUUUGGAUUUCUUGUUAUUGGGCAUGAAUUUGACUGCUAUCCUAGGCAAAGGAUAAAAGAUGCAGGGAGCUGGGAUUGGUUUAUUGAGGAACCUGAACAAGAUAGUGAGGAUGGUGACAGUUUUGAGAGAAAAAAGAAGAGUGUGAGGGGAAAGAGGAAGAAGAAAGUUGGAGGGAAUGAUGAUGAUGAUGAUGAUUGGACUGGUGAGAGUGAAGAUGAUAAGGAGAUUGUUGGAAAAAUAAGAAAGGUUGACAGACCAAAAUAUUCAACUAGAUCUAAGGAAGGAAACAAACCUAGUCAAUAUACGAAAAGAAAGGUAGUUUCUGCAAGGAAAAUCAAUGAAGACGACAAUGAAGAUGAUGAGACACUAGGAGGCUUUAUUGUUGAUGAGGAGGAGGAGGAACGAGGAGAAGAAGGCGAUGAAGAAGAAGAAGAAGAAUUCAUGGAUGGUGACGAAGAGCUAGAUGACUGA